AUGAAGCAAUACACCGCCGAGGAAUGGCUGCCGUCCAAGUCAGGGUUAGGUGAAAGUCCCUUAUACCGUGUCCAGGACGACACAUUCUAUUUCGUCGAUAUUAAAAAUAACCUGGUACACACUGUACCGCUUUCAAAAGGCUGGGAUGGAAGACACACGCUCGAAUUGGACGAGCCUGUCACCAGACUCGAUAUCGUGGAUGGGGAGUCGAACUUACUGGCCGCGCAAACAAAACUGGGAUUUGCUCUACUUAACCCGAUUAAAGAGACACUAGAUCGUAUCACAGACAUCCACCAUGUGGAAGGCGCGAACGUAGAUGAUAAGGUGCGAAUGAACGACGGCGCGAUCGACGCUCGGGGCAAACGGUGGGCUAGCACAAUAGCUUAG